AUGCUAACGUACAGGUCGAAUGGAGAGGCGCAGGCGUCACAAAGGCCACGGCAUCAAAGAGAAGCGAGCGGAUCAAAGGGGCCGCUUUCAGAUAACACAGUCCGGAUAAAACCUCCAGCAACGGUUAAACCCGGGCGACGCGCGCUGUCCAAGGGUAUCCGGACGUGUCCCGGAGACCGGAUUACCCGGCUGUGUCCGGAUGUGCCGACGGGCGCGUUCGUGCCGACGCACUCCGGCCAGCGAUUAGUCCUACUGCCCUUCUUGCCGGCAGUUCGACCCGGG